AUAUUUCUGUGACGAGAUUGAUUUGUCUGGACUACAAGUAGAUGUCGCCUUGCGCAAGUUCCAGUGUUACUUCCGGAUGCCGGGGGAAGCCCAGAAAAUCGAGCGGCUAAUGGAAGCCUUCUCUGACCGGUACUGCGAGUGUAAUCCGGACCAGGUGAAGAACUUUAAAAACGCCGACACCAUCUUCCUCCUGGCGUUCGCCAUCAUCAUGCUCAACACCGACCUACACAACCCGUCUGUCAAGGCCGAGCGGAAGAUGAAGCUGGAGGAGUUCCUCAAAAACAUGAGAGGAAUUGAUGACGGUGAGGACAUCGACCGUGACCUUUUGACUGGCAUCUACGAGAGGGUGAAAUCACAGGAGUUCAAGAAUGGGGUCGAUCAGGUCACACAGGUCAUGAAGGUGGAGCAGACAAUCAUUGGCAAGAAACCGAUCCUCAGUCUACCCCACCGCCGCCUGGUGUGCUACUGCCGUCUGUAUGAGGUUCACGACCCCAACAAGAAGGAGAAGAUUGGCCUGCACCAGCGAGAGGUCUUCCUUUUCAAUGAUCUUCUGCUGAUCACCAAAAUCUUCAGCAAGAAAAAAACAGGCAUCACCUACUCGUUCCGCUCCUCCUUGUCUCUGUGUGGCAUGCAGGUCUAUCUCUUCGAAACAUCACAUUACCAAUGUGGCAUCCAGUUGAGCAACAACAUCGAUGGUAAACCACCGGUCAUCUUCAACGCCAGGAAUGACCACGACCGGCAGAAGUUUGUGGAUGACCUCAAGGAAUCUAUCUUAGAGACAAAUGGAAUGGAACAAUUGAGAAUAGAAGAGGAAAUGGCACGACAUCGCACCACACACAACACAAUGGACAAGCGUUAUGCAAGUGAUGACUCCCACAUGCUAGCGUAUGACCUUGCUAAAUCUUCAGAAAAUCCACAAAAUCGCCUGUCUGCACCGGAAUGUAACCUGAAGAAGGUCCCAUUUUGUAACUCACUCACUGACCUCAGUUCAGAUCCUGUGAUGAAGAGAGGUAGCAGUGGUGCUUCUUUAGACAGUGGCAUGGCGUCCGGUAGUAUCGGGAGUUCCAGUAGUGACAGCCACUCCAUCCUCAUGUUCCCAGCGGCUCCGCCUCAGUCUCGCAGCACCCCACCCCUAGGUCUAGGAAGCAGCAAGAGGCCUCCAGCACCACGGACACCCAUAGUGCUUCGACCGGGUUUACCAGAUGGGACACAAGUGUGA